UGAAAAAUAUUUAAGAUGGCUUUAAAAAUUUCUGUUAAUACUGGAAAUAUUGAUUUGGAUAAUAAAAUCAAUGAAUGGUUGAAAUGGAACAAGGAUGUAAUUCAUGAACAUAAAAUUCAAGAACUCAUCCUUAAUAAUAAUAAUAAAGUAUUAUCUUCCUUAUUCUUAAAAAGACUUGAAUUUGGUACAGCUGGUUUAAGAGGUCGUAUGGGUCCAGGAUAUAAUCAAAUAAAUGAUUUAGUUAUAAUUCAAACUGGUCAAGGCUUAUCAAUGUAUUUACUUGAUACUAUAGUUGAUGCAACUGAAAAAGGUAUCAUAAUAGGAUAUGAUGGACGUCAUUGCAGUAAAAGAUUUGCAGAAUUAACUGCUGCAAUUUUCAUGGCAAGAAAUAUAAAAGUCUAUCUUUUUUCAAAAGUUGUACCAACUCCAUUUAUACCUUAUAGUAUAUUAAAAUAUAAAUGUGCUGCUGGAAUAAUGAUUACAGCAUCUCAUAAUCCUAAAAAUGAUAAUGGUUAUAAAGUUUAUUGGGAGAAUGGUGCACAAAUAAUAUCACCACAUGAUAAAGAAAUCCAAAAAUAUAUAUUUAAUCAUUUGGAACCAAUGGAAUCUUCAUGGAAUAUAACAAAAAUUUAUGAAAAUUCUUUAUAUCUAAAUCCAUGGGAUAAUGUUAUGCAAUCUUAUUUUAAUGAUCUCAAAGAAACUGUUUUAUAUCCAGAAGUAAAUAAAAAUACAAUAUUAAAAUUUACUUACACUCCUAUGCAUGGAGUUGGAUAUCAAUACAUGACUGCAGCUUUUAAUGCUGCAAAUUUUAAGCCAUUUAUAAUAGUGGAAGAACAAAAAUUACCUGAUCCAGAAUUCCCAACUGUGAAAUUUCCAAAUCCUGAAGAAGGAAAAAGUACUCUAGAUCUUAGCAUACAAGUAGCAAAUAAAAAUUCUUCUUCUAUUAUUCUUGCCAAUGAUCCAGAUGCAGAUAGAGUAGCUUGUGCUACAAAAAUGAAGAAUGAUGAAUGGUAUAUUUUUUCUGGUAAUGAAUUGGGAGCACUUUUGGGUUGGUGGAUGAUACAUAAAUAUCAAGUACAACAUACUGAUACAGACUUUUCAAAUGUAUAUAUGUUGGCAUCUACAGUUUCAAGUAAAAUUUUAGCAUCAAUGGCUAAACAAGAAGGAUUUAAUUUUGAAGAAACAUUAACAGGUUUUAAAUGGAUGGGUAAUAAAAGUAUAGAAUUAGAAAAAAUGGGUAAAAUAGUUCUAUUUGCAUAUGAAGAAGCUAUUGGAUUUAUGUGUGGUUCAAAAGUUUUUGAUAAAGAUGGCAUAAGCGCUGGAAUGCAUAUAGCAGAAUUAGCUGCUUAUCUUGAAACUAUGGGAUUAACUCUGCAUGACAAGUUAAAUGAAAUAUAUAAUCAAUAUGGAUAUCAUAUAUCUAAGAAUUCAUAUUGUAUAUGUCAUGAACCAAAUAUAAUCAAGAAAAUAUUUGAAAGAUUACGGACAUAUUUGGGAAAACCAAAUACAUAUCCAACAAAUAUUCUCAAUGGAAAGUAUCCCAUAAUAGGUAUUCGUGAUUUAACAACUGGUUAUGACAAUACAAAACCAGAAAAUAAGGCCAUUUUACCUAUUUCAAAAUCUAAUCAAAUGAUAACAUUUACAUUUAAAAAUGGUUUAGUUGUAACAUUAAGAACUAGUGGUACUGAACCUAAAAUUAAAUAUUAUAGUGAAUUAUGUGCAUCUCCCGAAGAACAAGAUAUUGAAGUAUUAAAAACUAUUCUUGAUGAAAUGAUAUUAGCUAUUGUAAUGGAAUUUCUUCAACCUGAAAUAAACAAUCUUCUAUGUCGUGAUAAAGAAGAAAAGUAGUUAAAAAAAA